AUGGAGCGAAUUGGUGCACAUUCACAUAUCCGCGGUCUGGGGCUUGAUGACCGCUUGGAACCCCGCACGAACUCGCAAGGCAUGGUCGGACAGGCCAAGGCGCGAAAAGCUGCGGGCAUGAUCCUCAAAAUGGUGCAGGAAGGACGAAUAGCAGGGCGCGCUAUGCUCUUCGCAGGUCCGCCCUCGACCGGCAAGACUGCCAUUGCACUUGGCAUGGCGCAGACUCUCGGACCAGAUGUGCCGUUUACGAUGAUCGCCGCGAGCGAGGUUUUCUCGUUGUCUAUGUCAAAAACUGAGGCCCUCACUCAGUCCCUCCGGAGAAGUAUUGGUGUGCGAAUCAAGGAGGAGACGGAGCUCAUUGAGGGCGAGGUGGUUGAGAUGCAGAUCGACCGCAGCUUGACGGGAGCGACGAAAACAGGAAAGCUCACGAUCAAGACCACGGACAUGGAAACCGUGUAUGACCUGGGUACCAAAAUGAUAGAUGCUCUUUCGAAAGAGAAGGUGACAGCGGGUGAUGUCAUCUCUAUCGACAAAACUUCUGGCAAAGUCUCUAAGCUUGGUCGGUCAUUUGCACGUUCAAGAGACUAUGAUGCCAUGGGCGCAGACACACGAUUCGUGCAAUGCCCAGAAGGCGAAGUACAAAAGCGCAAAGAAGUGGUGCAUACUGUCUCCUUACACGAAAUUGACGUGAUCAAUAGUCGGACACAAGGCUUCCUUGCUCUCUUCGCUGGUGACACAGGCGAGAUUAAGCCUGAGCUGCGAGACCAAAUCAACACAAAGGUUGCGGAAUGGAGGGAGGAGGGGAAAGCAGAGAUUAUCCCAGGUGUAUGCGUCCCUUUACCUUAUGCAGUGCAGGGCACAAUAGUUAAGCUCACAACCGUAACUCUGUUCACACAGGUCCUAUUUAUCGACGAGGUGCACAUGCUCGACAUCGAGUGUUUUUCCUUCCUCAACCGGGCUCUUGAGAAUGAGCUCUCCCCGCUCGUCAUUAUGGCUUCCAACAGAGGAAUGGCCCGCAUACGCGGAACAAAGUUCCGCAGUCCGCACGGACUUCCAGUCGACCUGCUCGAUCGGGUGCUCAUUGUCAGCACGCAGCCAUAUACACCGGAGGAAAUACAAGAGAUCAUUAAAAUUAGAUGCGAGGAGGAAGACGUCAACUUGGCGGACAAUGCCCUGCAGGUUUUGACCACUAUGGCAGCACAGACUACGCUCCGAUACGCUCUUAACCUCAUCUCGUGUGGGCAGGUUAUUGCUCGAAAACGCAGGUCUGAGCGAGUCGAGGUUGAAGACCUCCGACGCGCAUAUGUUUACUUCAUGGACGAAAAGCGCAGCGUGCAGUGGCUGAAGGAGCAGCAGGGCACUCUGAUGUUCGAGGAGGUUGAAGACGAGGGAGCGAAGAAGGAUGCCAUGGACGAAAGUUGACCUGCCUCCGGCAAUUGAGCGGUGUUUUGUAGUAGUAUUCGACUGCUUGUCUUUUGUUACCAAUAGCUUGUCCUAAUACAGUGCGGCCGGG